UAUUAAAAGCUUGGACAGCAAAGACGCCACAAAGCAGCAUCUGUCUUUUUCUAUCCCUCUCUGAGCAUGCAAAGACAGUCUAUAGGCGGCUCGCCUGGAACGAAGCUCCACAGCCAUGGAGGAGCGAAGGAGGAGAUGAAGCUCGAAGAAGAAGAACAGAAGCGAAGGAGCGGAGGAGGAACAUAUACAGCUGCAGAAGAACAAGUAAACAAGGUCGAGAAACCGCACCGAUCGACGAUUUCUCGGCCGGAGAAAUUCAUACAUCUGAUACCUAUCCUCACACUUUUCUGUUUACUUGUUCUUUACCUCUGUUCUUACGAUCCAUCUCAAAAAGAUUUAGUGCAUUUCAAAGACAUUCGACGGUCUUCAAAGCUGAUAGAUUCAUCUUCCGAUGUCAGCGAUCUCGGGCGAUUUGUAGAGUUGGAGAAAGGCGAUGUUUUGGCGAUUCGAAGCCAUCGGAGCCUGCACGAGCUCGAGAAACAAACUCGGAAAUAUCGGUUUCACAGAAAAAUCGGUGAUUUCUAGUCCGCAUUAGCUGGUUCUUCUCGAUCUUCGCCUCCUCUUCGGCUCCGCGUCUCCCUUCCCUUCGUUCCUCUUUGGUUCCGCCCAUGUGAAUUCCUUCCCAUCCACGGAAUUCAAACGUGU